CCCCAUCACUCUCUCUCUCUUUGCGAAAAAGUCAUGAGGAGCUCCGCACAGCCCGCAGCGCGCUUCGCCUCAGCCUCUGUAUGAUCCGCAGCUCCUUUUUCUCUCCUUUGCCCGGUUUGGAUGUCAGACGCAUCAAUGAAGAGAUCACACUUGGAGUCUACCUUAUAGGAACGGAUUUCCCAAUGUGAACUCAGCUUGAAAAGCCGCCACUGAACCAACAUGUCUCGCCGCAAGCAAGGCAAACCCCAGCACUUGAGCAAACGGGAGUUUUCGCCUGAGCCGCUCUCAGGUGUUUUACCGGACGAGGACUCUCAGGACUCCCCCAGGCUGGGAGUGGCUCAGGGCGAGCCCCUUAAAGGGGACCAGGACCUGCUGACCUGUGGCCAGUGCCACUCCCGCUUCCCCCUGGCUGACAUUCUGCUGUUCAUCGAGCAUAAACGGAGGCAGUGCCAAGGCGGCCUCUGCAUGGACAAACCCCUGGACAGGCCUCCGUCCUCCCCGCUGGCUUCGCCCAUGUCCACGUCCUCCUCACACUCGCGGACCCAGCAUCAGCACCCGCGGAAGUUGCGCCAGCCUGUGGAGGUGGCCGUUCAGGUGUCACCGCAGGAUGAGGAUUGUUUAUCUACACCCUUGCAAGGAAUAAUCCCCAAGCAGGAGAAUAUCACAGAUAAAGAUGAGCCCAGCAGUUACACCUGCACCACGUGCAAACAGCCCUUCACCAGUGCCUGGUUCCUGCUCCAGCAUGCCCAGAACACACACGGCUUCCGCAUCUACCUGGAGAGCGAGCCCGGCAGCCCCCUCACCCCCCGCGUGGCUGCAGCUCCUGGGAUGGGGGGUGACUGUGCCUCCUCCCAACCUCCUCUCCACGCCGUCCACCUGGCUGACGGCAGUCCGUACAGCCUCCUGAGGAUGCCGGGCUCCGGGUCCGGCCGGGAAUCAGCGUCCACACCCCGCGAAGGCCGUUACCCCCGAACCCCGCCGCUGUUCAGUCCUCCGCCGCGCCACCACCUCAGCCCCGACGACUUGGCCUUGGCAACCCACCAUCCCAGCGCCUUUGACAGGGUGAUGAGGCUAAAUUCGGUGCCACUUGAACCCCCUCAGGGCAUGGACUUUUCCAGACGUCUACGAGCACUGGCCGGCAAUGCCACGGGGGGUUCCCCUCCUCUCUCCCCGAACAGACCCAGCCCUAUGCAACGGCUAAUGCAGCCAUUCCAGCCAGGUUCCAAGCCCCCAUUUUCAGCCACACCUCCCCUCUCCACCUCUCAGUCACCUUCUGGGUCACGUUCCACCCCGAAUCCCGUGUCCAACCCAGUCCAGCCGGGCACGCCUCUCAAGGCAAAAUCUUGCGAGUUCUGCGGGAAGACUUUCAAGUUCCAGAGCAACCUGAUUGUUCACCGGCGGAGCCACACAGGGGAAAAGCCAUUCAAGUGUCACCUCUGUAACCACGCCUGCACGCAGGCCAGUAAGUUAAAACGUCACAUGAAGACGCACUGUCAGAGCAAAUCCUCUGUUCUUAGUGCCAAGUCUGAAGACGGCCUCUCGACGGCGAGCUCCCCCGAGCCUGGCACCAGUGACCUGAUGGGCAGUGCCACAGACGCUCUAAAGUCGGUGGUGGCAAAGUUCAAGAGUGAAAACAAUGGCCUUAUGCCUGAAAAUGGAGAGGAAGAGGAGGACGAUGAGGAUGAGGAAGAAGAGGAAGAAGAGGAGGAGGAAGAAGAAGAGGAAGAAGAAGAGGAGGAGGGGGAGGAGGAAGAAAUUGAAAGUAAGCCCGGAAUGGAAGAGGAGGGGAGGAAUGACUAUCGGUUCAGCCUGAGACUAGAAGGGGCCCGACACCACCAGAACAGUGAGGCCUUACACCCACGCAGGCAGAACUUGUCUCGGGAGCCAGAAGACGAGGAGUCAGCCAUGGAGUCGGACCGUGCUGACGAUGGAACCACCACGACCAUGAAUGGCCUGGGACCCAUAUCCACUGAAAGCCUGUCCAGAAAGCUGUCGGGCGGAGGGAUCAGUCCCGGCUCCCUCAGUCCGCUGUCCAAGCGCAUCAAGGUGGAGAAGGACCUCGACCCUCCCACGCCCACCAUCCCCAACACGGAGAAUGUUUACUCCCAGUGGCUAGCCGGUUACGCCGCCUCUCGGCAACUCAAGGACCCCUUCAUCAACUUUACAGGUGGGGACUCUCGACAAUCGCCCUUUGCCUCCUCAUCUGAGCACUCGUCAGAAAACGGCAGCUUGCGCUUCUCCACGCCACCCGGCGAGCUGGACGGCGAGCGAUCCGCCUCCGUACGCAGCGGCACCGGCAGCGGGGCCAGCACUCCACACGGCGGCAGCGGGAAUGGCAGGCCGAGCUCCAAGGAUGGCCGCCGCAGUGACACCUGUGAGUUUUGCGGCAAGGUGUUCAAGAACUGCAGCAACUUGACAGUGCACCGACGCAGCCACACUGGAGAGCGGCCCUACAAGUGUGAGCUGUGCAGCUACGCGUGCGCCCAGAGCUCAAAGCUCACCCGCCACAUGAAGACCCACGGACAGAUGGGCAAGGACGUGUACAAAUGUGAAAUCUGCCACAUGCCUUUCAGUGUGUACAGUACUCUUGAGAAACACAUGAAGAAGUGGCACAGCGACCGCCCUCUGGCUAAUGACAUUAAGACUGAGUAGGCAACGAGCGGCCCGCUGGCAGCGCUCUCUCAGCUCCCCUGGCUAAAAAGCAACCCUGGCUAACUAGCCGAUAAGUGGGGGGGAAAGGACAACAGGGUUAGACACCAGUACACAGUACAGCCCUGUUAUCAUCCCCGACUGGAAAAAGCUGAAUGCAUGAUCCAACAUCGGGGCAAUACUAUUGCAUCAAACAAAACUUUUUGAGCCUUUCUAUUGUGCAAUAAUUUACACGUUUUGUAUUUUUUUGUAACUGGACAGCAUGCUCAGUGUGUUUUGGCUACUUAGAGAGAAGAAUUGUCCUCGGCUGGUGGGUUCGGUUGUACAUGUGUUGCUGUUGAUACUUUUGAUUUCUUCAACAUGAAAAAAAAAAAUAGCUAUGAAAACUCAUGCUGCAUACAGUACAUACUGUCUUACAUAUCAUGUACAGUUUUGUGUUAACAUAGUGGACAGUGUCAUAUUAUCAAACCAUCAAGACAAGCAGGGUCACACUUAAAACUGAUCUUUGUGAAAGAUUUUCCAUGCAACAUUGAGAUAAGAUAUAUAUAUGUAUAAAAAAAAAAAAAUUGGGCUGCCUAUGAGAUGCUAGGCACUGGCGCCAUUAAAUAUUUCUUUUACAAACAGCAGUAAAAUUAACAAUAUGGUGUAAAACGACAUCGAGUGCCUUGGAUAUUUUACCUGCAUUAGUUAAUCCUCCUUUUUGCUAUAAGCUCGGAGUUUCAGCUAUAAAAGAUUACAGGACAUUUUUUGUGCACAUGUUGAAUAAGCAGGUCCUUGCAUCAAGCACCUGUUCGGCCCUGUUGUUUUUUUGACUUUGCAGAGCAUAGGGAACCGGCUGAAACAAAAAAACAAAAAAACAAAAAAAAAAAAGGAAAAAAAAAAAAAGAUUAUGUGUAUCUCUGGUAAAUCAUUUAUCUGCCUGACUGUAUAUUGUUGUUUUCAAGAUUACAUUUCUGUUUACUGGCAUGUUACAUGCUGAAAAAAAGGAUUCGGGGUUUGGUGUUUCAAGUUUUUGCUUUAGGUGUUUAUGUUUCUCGGUACACGUGUACCAUACUGAGAGGGUACUCUGAUGAGUCGUUUCAACCAACGUAAAGCUCUUAAUUUUCCAGAGUGGUUAUUUUCUUUGAAAAUUAAAGGUUUGCAGGUGUUUCUUUGUUUUGUUUUGGAUUUCUUUCCUCUGUAAGUAGCACAGAAUUCUGUUUCUUCGGUGUCAGCCGGGCAGGCAGUGUAGCCAGCGGUCACUUGAAGACCACGGAGUGGUGUGUAGUUGUUGUAAGCCAGACAGAUUUGGGGUGCGGGUUGGGAAAGUGUAAGAGAGAAAAAAAAAAAAAGGGUGGGUGAGGGUAGCGAGCGGGGCGUGGGUUUACCAGGUGUCUCUACAAUUCAAAAUUUUAUGUCCUUGUAGCGUUAAUUCUCUUUGCCACGUUAGAUCUUAGAAAACCCUUAAGUAAUUUGAAACCUAUGUUAGUCACUCACAUUGGAUCGAGAAUUAAAAUUCACUUUGAAAAGUUUAUUUUCCAGCGGUGUACAUCUUCCAGACAUGUUUCAAAGUGUUAAAUCCUCCCAGUUUAAUUUCUUUUGAGUCAACACAUUUAGACUUCAUUCUAGUACUUUUGAUUUUUUUUCUUUCAUUUUUUUUUCUUUUUUUUAGAUCUCCAUCCCCCCCGUCAUUGUUGAGAAACUAGCACUUGUCACUCUGCCUUGGAUUCUGUAUCUGUCUCUCUAAUCGGAGGUACAGUCGGUUGAGUAUAAAAUGAAAACCGGAUUUGCAGAUCUGGGACUACCUACGUGCACUGUUCAAUUUUCCCAGUUUACAGUCGGACGCUCAAGGGAAAACUUGUUCUUAUGCUGACAGAUUAGUGUGCUUUGCAUUAAAAAAAAAAAAAAAAAGAAAAGAAAAGAAAAAAAAAAAGGAGUUGAACUAGAAAACAUUGCCAGCCAUGCCCCCGUUUCUGAGAGCUAAACAUCAGUCUGGCUCUCAGAGGUAUCAGUGCAGGAACCGCCAUAGAAAUAUCCUGCUUCAUAAAUACACAGCUCAGUACAGAAAGACGAAUUUGUACAAAUCUGAUUUUAAAAAGAUAAGUGAAAUGUGUUGUUGGUUCUUCGACGUAACACUUCAAUAUCGUUAGGAGAGAACCUUAUUUAAAUUUGUUUUUUUUGUUUUUGUUUUUUCUUCUUCUUUUUUUGUCUUGGUCACAUCCAGGACCUGAUCACUAUGUAAUGAACUGUAAUGAACAUGUCUCUCAUCUUUUUGCCUUUUCUAUACACAAGUCUUCAGGUUGAACAAAAACUUGCAUUGGGGAGAGAUUUAUGAUAUAUAAAUAUAUAGAGAGAACUUAAAACACAUAGGAAAAUGCACACUCAUGUAAGUUCCUAUGUUCAAAACACAUUUAUGGUCUACUUUUUUCCUGUAUUUAGAAUGGUAUUUGAAAUUAAUGUUCACUUAGUGUAGGCACUUAUAGUAUUUAUGUUGGAGCCUGUAUUUUUAACUGUUUUGCCUGUACUCUUUAAAGGUUUCAAUGUACCCUUUUUUUUCUGUAGUGAAAAAAUCCCAACAAGCUGCCACCGUAUAUUUUCUUAAUUUGGCAGGAUAAUAUAGUGUGAAUAAUUUGUAUGCUUGAAAAUAAGUAUGUUUUUUGAAAAAUAAACUGUUGUGGUGUUCCCCAAGGGUGAGAGGUCAUAUGAUGGCCUUUUCAGGCAGUCCCGCUGGAGUGACCACAAUGAGGUAAAAACAGGUGGUUGUACAUAUCUUUUUAGUUUGUUUUGUAUAUUUUUUUUCUCUCCUGCCAUUUUAUAUGCAGUAAUACAAGCUAUUGUUGGGUUUUCUUGGUAGCCAACUUUUUACUGUCCUUGAUCAUGUACCACCUGAUAACAUUCCAGCUGUUUUAUCGAAAAAGACAUUUUGUCAUAUGCAAUCAAUUCAACAUCAAUCUGAAAAGCUUUUUGUUUGCUACCUUUUGUUUAUUUUUAUUUUUUUCCUUUUCUAUUUGUUGUUUUGACCUUUGUUUCUCAUUGCCAAAAGAACCAUGGUGCUUUAUAAUUUAAAAAAAAAAAAUGGUACAUCUCAUAUGCAAGGCAUAUUCUAAACAGAAGUGAAAUCA